AGGCAAAAAAAAUUGUUUUUAACAAAGCAUUUUAAGUUAAAAAAUAUAAGAAUGCAGUUUUAAAGUGUUGUAUGGCAUCUAGACUAGAUGAAGUGUUAGUGUUUGUGCAAAGAAAGCAACAUUAGAAGUGUGUAAUUGAGUGCUGCGUAUACAGUUGGCGUCUUGCAUUGGUGUUGGUGUCGCUUACAUACCACAAACAAAACAAGCGACAUACGAAGGCGAUUGAGCACAAACCGCAUUCCAAGCAUUUGCAGCUAAAACACCAUCAAUGUAAAAGUGAAGCGCCAUGCAUCAUCAUCAUCCGCCAUUGCCUGUUACCGCAACAACAGCAGCAGCAACUUCCUCUUCACAGCAGCAGCAGCAACAGCAGCCUCAGCAAGCGCAGCAGCAGCAACCGCAACAGCGACGCCGCAAAAAACGACCCAACUACGGUACACGUACUGUGGAAGUGCGUCGUGGUUAUAAUGGAUUCGGGUUUACCAUAUCUGGCCAGCAGCCGUGUCGUCUGUCCUGCAUCAACAGCAACUCACCCGCUGAGCAGGCGGGAUUGCGCGCUGGUGACUUUCUAAUCUCAGUCAACGAUUUAAAUGUGUCCAAGCUGCCGCAUGAGACUGUGGUGCAGCUGAUUGGAAAUUCUUUUGGCAGUAUUCGCAUGCAGAUUGCGGAGAACUAUUACUCGGACAGUUCGGAUGAGGAGAAUGCCAAUGCCACGCUGUUGAUACAGCGCAGCGCGCGUGGCCAGCUCUUGGCUGCUAGCCUGGGUGCUGGUGUGCGCAACAAGCCGCGUUUUUUGCAUCACAAAUCUAAGAUGCAUCGACUGCGCAAUUCACCACAAAAGAAGCCGCCGGAGUCGCUGGAGCAGGCGGAACAACCAUCCACAGCAGCUGCAGUGGCAACCGAUCAAUCCACGCUGCGACCUGUGUUGGAGGAUACACCACCAUUGGCCAUUGGCCUGGGCAACAAAUGCGCCGCCGAUGUGGCCAAUGUGAGCGCCAUGGUGCGUGCUGUGGGCAGCGCCGCAUUGGAGUAUCGCGUUAUUGUGGGCUAUCUGGGCACCAUUGAGAUGCCCAAGCAGAUUUCGCACAGUUCCAAGCUGCAGACGGUGCGCUCUUGCAUACGCAAGCUGCGCCAGGAGAAACGCCAACCGACGAUUGUGCUUAUGUGCAUUACACCGGAGUGUUUACGCCUGCAGAGCGCCAAUGGCGGUACCUUGGCUACCUAUGCUUCUGCUAGGUUGAACUAUGUGAGCUCAUCGUCGGAGAGCGAGAAUCGCUUCUUUGGUUUGGUCACCAGCGCUGUGCACAACACGCAGAUCGAGGAGGAAUACGAAGUGGAGGAUAAAUCGAAUGCAAGCGGUGCUCACAUUAGCAUUUCGCAUAGUUGCCACGUUUUUGUCAUCGACACGAAGCUAAUUGAGCAUGGCCAGCACUUGGCACGCGCCCAUGAGUAUCGAUUGCAGUGCACCAGGGAUCCCAUAUCGCAACUGUGCCUGGAGUUUCCCAACAACUCGGAGUAUGUGGUCAAUCUCAUACGCAGCAUGUACACAAUGCGCAUUCUGCCACCCGCGAGUCGCAGCCAGCAACCGGAUUAUGAGGCUGGGGCUGCUGCAGCGGCUGCUGCCCACUCGCCACAGCCCUCGAAUCACAGCGAGAUUUCCACCACCACCUCGAAUUCGGAUUCGGGCAUUGGCUUCAAUAAUGAUUGCACUAAUAUAUCGGAUCGUAUUCUGGUUGUUGACUUUGCAGGCGCCGCUGCUGUGGCUGCCCAUGGCUUGGGACCUGCUGCCUGCCCAGCGCCUGCGCGUCCCUUGGGCAUUGUGGGCGUGCCCGACAAUCGUUUGACUGUCAGAGCGAUGCCCGAUCCGGAUCCCAAGUCACCGGCCGCCUCCUGUUCGCUGCGUCGUCCCAAUUUGCUGGCCAGCUUCAAUCUGAUCAAGAGUCCCGCCACCAAUUUGACGGCAACUCGCUCCUGCGAUGAUGUGCUGAAUCUGCUGGUGGACGACGAGUCGCCUAUGUUGCCUGCGGUGGCAUCCAUGGACGACAUUUCGCUGCACUCGACAGUGAUGUCACAGGAUGAACCCACGACGCAUCACAUGUUUGUGCAUCCAGCCGCGUGUGUUGCACGUGGCAAGUCACGUCGCUCGUUGCAGCCACAAGCUGCACCGCUGGAGCCAACGCCCUCGAAGCUAAGUGCUCAGGUCUUUGGCAAACCGCGUUCUCGCCAAUCGCUGGGCUUUGAGGCCAUCGAUAGCGUUCAGUCGCCUGGCUUGGCUGGCUGUUGUGUCGAUCAGCCCAUGGACACCUGGACGAGUCUGCAGAAUCUGCACAAAGCGGCCAAACAGAUGGCGGGGCUGAGCACUUCAUCUUCGUCCACACAUUGCCUAUUAGAAGCUACCAACAGUGAGCCGGAUCUGGGGAACCGCGCACUGCCCUCAAAUGCGUCGCCGUUUCGUCGCGCCUGGGGUCAAUCUUCCUUCCGCAUGCAGCGCGCCUCCGACAAGGCAUCGAAGCCAGCGUCAACAGCAGCAACAGCAACUGGCUGCAGUCCCAGCGUGCGUCGCUCCGCCUCGAUGAAUGCCUCCGACAAUGAUGUGUAUCUCAAGACAUUAAUGCUCGACGAACAGCUGAAGCCAAAGUCAUCGUCGCCGCCACAAUUGGCACUCUUCCAGGUGCCACAGAUCCUGAUGACGCCGGCACCACCAUCGAGCAUCAUGGUGACCGCCAGCGUGGAGUCACAAUCGGAGCCAGCGCCCGCGCAGCCAGAGCAACUGGGUCCGAGCGGUUGGGGCACUUCGUUUGAGCGUAUGCUCCAGGAUGCCGCAGGCAUGCAAACAUUCGCCGAGUUUCUUAAGAAGGAAUUCUCCGCGGAGAACAUUUACUUUUGGACCGCCUGCGAGCGUUACAGAUGCACCGAACAGGAAGAGGAACGUGUGACGCUGGCACGUCAAAUCUUUGGCAAGCAUUUGUCCAACAGCAGCAGCGAUCCAGUCAAUGUCGAUUCGCAAGCUCGCAAUCUUAGCGAUGAGAAGUUGGGCAGCGGAGCAGUGGAUAUCUUUGCGCCUGCGCAGAAACAGAUCUUCAAUCUGAUGAAAUUUGAUAGCUAUCAGCGUUUCAUACGCUCCGAUCUCUACAAGAGCUGUGUGGAGGCGGAACAGAAGCAGCAGCCGUUGCCCUUUACGGGCGCCGAUCUCGACGAGCUGUUGAAGACAAAUUUUCACGUAAUGGCCUCAUCAAAGCAGCUAAAAAAGUCCGCAAGCAACGCAGAGGAUCGAAGACGUAAGAGUUUACUACCCUGGCACAGGAAAACGCGCAGUAAAUCCCGCGAUCGCAGCGAAAUCAUGGCCGACUUGCAGCAGACGCUGAUGCCUGCGCCGCCACCGCCGCCGCCGCUUUUGGCUCUGCUCACGGGUGGCGCCAAUUCGGUGCAGAACUCACUGAGUGACUUGCACAGUUCACGCUCGUCGCUGUCAUCGUUCGACGCCGGUGCAGCAGCUGGACCGGCUCAGGGUGCGAGUGCGGACAGCGUGUGCUCGCUGUGUCGCGUCAUACUGACCGAUGGCGCCACAACCAUUGUGCAAACACGUCCCAACGAGACAGUGGGACAGCUGGUGGAACGUUUGCUGGAGAAACGCAAUCUGGUCUAUCCGUUCUAUGAUGUGGUGUUCCAGGGCAGCACCAAAUCCAUCGACACACAGCAGUCCUCGCAGCUGCUGGCCGGCAAAGAGGUGCUGAUUGAGCGUCGCGUCGCAUUCAAGUUGGAUCUGCCCGAUCCCAAAGUUAUAUCGGUGAAGAGCAAACCGAAGAAGCAAUUGCACGAGGUCAUUCGACCCAUUCUCAACAAGUACAACUAUCAAAUGGAUGGUGUACAGGUGCUGCUGCGCGAUACCCAAGCGCCGUUGGAUCUGAUGCAGCCGGUGACGGUGGCCGAUGGCCAGCGGCUGCAGAUUGCGUUGCUCAAGCCGGAUUUUCAGCUAAGCGGCGGCAGUAGCAUGCCGCCGAAGCAUAGUAAACCAAUGAAACCGCUGCCAAGUGCGGCAGCGACGACAGCAACAAAUGAAUCCUCGACGCAACUCGACGAGCUGACCAACAAAAUGUUUAACGAGCUGCUGCAAAGCAAAGCGGAUGCGGCAGCUGCCACACAGAAGAAGCCCUCCGAUUUGUGCUCCAUGAAGUCGAAUGAGGUGCCGUCGGAGAGCUCGUCGUCGCUGUUCGAACGCAUGCGUCAGCAGCGACAGCAGCGUGAGAAUAGCAACAUUCCAGGCAGCAGCAAGCUGCCCAAACUCAAAAAGAAAUCCACAAGCAGUCAACAUUCCGAGGAGCUGUCCACGAUAACCACCGGCAGCUGUGCAACAUCGUCUGUCGAUCCCAAAAAGCCCAUUAUCGCCAAACUAAAGGCGGGCGUCAAGCUGCAGUCCACGGAGCGAGUAGCCGAGACCCAAGAUGAACUACUCGAGGGACUGAAGCGUGCGCAAUUGGCGCGUUUGGAGGAUCAGCGCGGCACAGAGAUUAACUUCGAUCUGCCCGACUUUCUGAAGAACAAAGAGAAUCUCAAUGCGGCCGCGUCCAAGCUGCGCAAGGUGCGCGCCAAUUUGAGUCCCGUGAACAAGGCCACAAGUCCCACAGAUGCGCCACAGCCAGCGCCACGUUUGUCCAUUACACGUGGCAUGCAACCAUCGAGCGUGUCACCCAUGAAAGUGGACGCGGAGCAUGAGACUGAGCUGACAAAUGAUGCAUCGUCGGCGGAACUACAGGAAUUUGCCAAAGCGCCGCCACCGUUGCCGCCCAAGCCCAAGGUGCUGCCCAUUAAGCCAUCGAAUUGGGGCGCUGCUGCUCAGCCGACCACAACAAGUGCUGGCAACUACAGCAACAAAUUCUCGCCCGCUAAGCAUCACACAUCGACAGCGACAUCACCUUCGGCGAAGGCUGCGAGUCAGGCCGCCACAGCUCUGGCUUUUGGCAGUAGCAAGCUGCCACUGGAGAUGCAAGGACGAAAGUCGCUCGAGCAGGCGGCGAGCACACGUUGCGCCUACUUGGAUGAGCCUAGCAGCAGCUUUGUUUAACUCUCCGAUCGGACGAUCAGCGAUCAUUGUACAUACUAUAUUUAAAAAUGGCACAACGCCUCCCUCUAUUAUUUAUUAACUUUUGUAUUACGUACUACGUGUGCAGUCCUUUCGCUGUUGUUGUCAACCCACACAAAAAGCACCAUGACGAACUAUCGCCUAUUUAUAACUACUAAGCUACAGCCAGCUUUAAGUCUAAACAUAAACAUAUUGUAUAAAUAAACACCCUACAUACGUAUAAAAUUAAAA